UACCCUCGAUUGUCCCGUUUGGCAUUUUUGUGAGCGUCCUUUUGGUUUUGGGAUCCUUUUAAACCGAAUUGGCGUGAUCAAAACGUUGUUUUAGAAGCAGAGCUGACCAUCAUAAACCCAUAGGUGAGACCUUGGACUGUGGGUAACGCUUCAAGGUUGGAACUUCUUUGGCGAGAUGGAAGAAUUAUUUGGUGAGCCUCCCAUUAAAAAGCUUUGUAUGGAACAAACAGGGAAACAAAAAGACAUCCAAGAAGAGGAGACAGAACACACAGGAUGGCAACAAGAUGGACAAGAAGACGUUCAAGAAACAUACAGUGAGGACCAGGAAACAUCUUAUCCUAAGAAGGAGACUUACAACAGUGGGAAACAGACAACAACAGGUGUAGAGAGACAGCAGGAAAUGCUCAGUGUAAACUGUACCCAGCCUGAGGAGGGAGUCUCGUCACAUCUACAUAUACAGGCUAGUGCAGGACAGGUGGGGAUGGACAAUGUGAAGGAGCAGACGACAGACUCGGCAUGGCAGCAGGACAAAAAGAAGGAUGUCCAAAAUGACAAAACAUGCGAUUUAAACAGUACUGGAAAUGAGCAAGAAUUCUUGCCAGAGAGUAAAACAACUUUUAACAGAGAGAAGGGGCCUUACAAAUGUGACUGGUGUGAUUACUCUUCACCAAGAAAAAGUUAUCUAGACUUACACGUGAUGAGAAAGCACACUGGUGAGAAACCCUACAUGUGUGGGGAGUGUGGAUACAGAACAGUUGCUAAAUCACACCUAACCCGGCACAUGAAAAGACACACACGUGACAUUCCUGAGAAACCAUACAAAUGUGACAAGUGUCACUUUUCUGCUGCGCAGAAACGACUAUUGCGCAGACACGUUUUGAGAAAACAUAGGGGGGAGCAGGCUGCAGACACGGCACUGCAAGGGGAACAGGCAAAAGAAACUGCACAACAGCAGGACAAAAAGGAGGUCGUUCAAAAUGACAAAACAGGCAGUGUAAACAGCCCUGUAAAUGAGCAAGAAUUCUUGCCAGAGAGUAAAACAAAUUUUAAAAGGGAGAAGGGGCCAUACAAAUGUGAGUGGUGUGAUUACUCUUCACCAAGGCAAAGUUAUGUAGACUUACACGUGAUGAGAAAGCACACCGGUGAGAAACCCUACAUGUGUGGGGAGUGUGGAUACAGAACAGUUGCUAAAUCACACCUAACGCGGCACAUGAAAAGACACACACGUGAGAUUCCCGAGAAAGCGCACAAAUGCGACCAGUGUAGCUUUUCUGCAGCGCAGAAACGACUAUUGCGCAGACACGUCUUGAGGAAACACAAAGAUGUGAAGCCCUACGCGUGUAAGUUGUGUGAAUUCAAGACAGCUGACAAGGAAACCUUAUCCGAACAUAAGAGAACACACACAGAAGAGAAGGCGUACUUGUGUGGCGAGUGUGGGUACAGGACAGCUCACAGCUCUUCCUUCACCCGUCAUAAGAGAAAACACACCGGUGAGAAACCCUUCUUGUGUGACGAAUGCGGGUACAGGACCAGAGAAAGUUCAGCCCUGUCUAUACACAAGAGAACUCAUACUGGAGAGAAACCCUACAAAUGUGACCAGUGUGAUUUUGCUGCUACACAGGCAUCACAUCUGAUAAAACAUGUCAGAGUAAAACACAAUGGUGAGAAGCCCUUUGUCUGCAACGAAUGCGACUACUGGACUGCUGAUAAGGCAACGCUGACAAAUCAUAUGAGAACACAUACCGGUGAGAGACCAUACAAAUGCGACCAGUGUGACUAUUCUGCUUCAGGGAAGGGUCAGUUCAACAAGCAUAUGACCAAACACACUGGUGUGAUGCCUUUCGUUUGUGACGAGUGUGGAUACAGGACAGCCUAUAGUGGUUCUUUUACUGAACAUAAGAGAAUGCACACUGGUGAGAAACCCUACUUGUGUGAGGAAUGUGGCUACAGGACAGCUCAUAAGUCUACCUUAACCCGGCAUAAGAGAAAACACACCGGUGAGAAACCCUUCUUGUGCAGCGAGUGCGGAUAUAGGGCCAGAGAAAGUUCGAGCCUAUCCUCACACAUGAGAACACACACCGGUGAGAAACCCUACAAAUGUGACCAGUGCGACUUUUCUGCAGCACAAUCUUCGCUCCUAAAAAAACAUGUCAGAGUUAAACACAACGGGGAAAAACCCUUCAUGUGCAACGAAUGUGAAUACUGGACAGAUAACCGGACAAACUUUUUGACUCAUCUGAGAAAGCACACUGGCGAGAGGCCGUACAAAUGUGACCAGUGUGACUAUGCCGCUUCAGAAAAAGGUCAAUUCAACCGGCAUAUGACGAAACAUACUGGUAAGAUGCCUUUCGUUUGUGAGGAGUGCGGGUACAAGACAGCCGCUAGUACUUCCCUAACCCGACACAAGAUGACACACACUGGCGAGAAACCCUACAUGUGUGGAGAGUGUGGAUUCAGGACAGCUCAUAAGUGUGCCUUAACCCGACAUAAAAGAAAACACACCGGGAUUGACAAGUCAUCCAGUGGGCCUACUGUUAAAUGGCCUUGUACUGAACAAUCUGCAAACAAGGCAGACAACCAAGAAGAGGAGACAGAAGACACAGGAUGGCAACAAGUUGGACAAGAGGACGAACUACAUGUAUUUCAGGAAAUGUACAGUGAGGACCAUGAAACGUAUGAUAUGAACCUACCAGCUUACUACAGUUGGAAGGAGACCAACAACAGUGGGGAACAGACAGCUGACACAGAACUGCAGCAGGAGAUGUGUGGGAGAAACUGUACCCAGCCUGAGGAGGGAGUCUUAUCACUGACUGAAAUGGACGACAUGGGGGAGCAGACAACAAACACAGGACGGCAGCAGGACAUUCUAAGUGAGGCAACGAGCGGCAUAAACUGUACCCAGCCUGAGGAGGGAGUCUCUUCACAUCUUCAUGUACAGGUCCGUACUGAAAUGGAAGACAUGGGGGAGCAGACAACAAACACGGGACGGCAGCAGGACAAUCUAAGUGAGGCAACGUGCGGGGUAAACUGUACCCAGCCUGAGGAGGCAGUCUCGCCACAUCUACAUGUACAGGUCUGUACAGGACAGGUGGGGCUGGAUAACAUAGGGGAGCAGACAACAGACUUGGUGCAGCAACAGGAGGAAGAAAAGGAUGAUCCAAAUGACCAAACAUUUGGUGUAAACUGUACCAUAUUUAAUGACAAAGAAGUCUUACCUCCCAAUAAACAGCUUCUUCUGGAACAUACUGCAAUCAAGGCAGACAUCAACGAAGAGGAGACAGAAGACACAGGAUGGCAACAACAUGGACAAGAGGACGGUCUUUUCCAGGAACCAUACAGCGAAGACCAGGAAAUGCAUGAUGUAAACCUACCAUCUUGCUAUCCUACAAAUGACACUAACAACAGUGGGGAGCAGACAACAGAUACAGGACGGCAGCAGGAUGUUUUAGUCGAGGAAACGGGCGGGGUAAACUGUACCCAGCCUGAGGAGGGCGUCUCAUCACAUCUACAUGUUAAGGCCAGUAUAGGACAGGUGGGGAUUGACAACAUGGCAGAGCAGACAACAGACAUGGCGCAGCAACAGGAGGACAAGAAGGACUCUCUAAAUGACAAAACGUGUGGUGUAAAGAGUACCGUAAAUGACGAAGAUGAUGUGCCAACAUGUAAAAGUGAAAAGGGGCCUUUCAAAUGUGACCAGUGUGAGUACUCUACACCAUGGAGACAUAAUCGAGAUCGGCAUGUCAGGAGAAAUCACACCAAUGAGAAACCCUACACGUGUGGGGAAUGCGGAUAUAGUACAGCUUUUAGGUUCGACCUAUCUCGGCACAUGAAAACACAUACAGGUCUAAAACCAUACAAAUGCGACCAGUGUGACUAUUCUGCUGCACAUAAAAGACAAUUGCACAGACACGUCUUGAGAAAACACAAAGCUGUGAAGCCCUUCGUGUGUGAGGUGUGUGGAUAUGGGACAGAUUUUAGCUAUGAGCUAACCCAACAUAAGAGAACACACACUGGAGAGAAACCCUACUUGUGUGGGGAUUGCGGAUACAGGACAGCUCACAGGUCUUCCUUCACCCGUCAUCAGAGAAAACACACCGGUGAGAAACCCUAUUUGUGCGAUGAAUGUGGAUACAGGGCCAGAGAAAGUUCAUACUUGUCAAUACACAAGAGAACUCAUACUGGAGAGAAACCCUACAAAUGUGACCAGUGCGACUAUUCUGCUGCGCAGCUACCAUGCCUUAAAAAUCAUGUCAGGGUAAAACACUACGGUGAGAAACCAUUUGUCUGCAACGAAUGCGGAUACGGGACAACUAAUAAGACCACGCUAUCCAAUCAUAUGAGAAAGCACACCGGUGAGAGACCCUACAAAUGUGACCAGUGUGACUAUACCGCUAUUGAGAAAGGCCAAUUAGUGAAACACGUCAUGGUAAAACACACCGGUGAGAGACCCUACAUGUGUGACGAGUGCCCAUACAAAACAGUUUUUAGCGCUGCCUUAACCCAACAUAAGAGAACACACACUGGUGAGAAACCCUACUUGUGCGAGGAAUGUGGAUUCAGGACAGCUAGCCAGGCAUCUUUAACCAAACAUAAGAGAAAACACACCGGUGAGAAACCCUACUUGUGCAACGAGUGCGGAUACAGGGCCAGAGAAAGUUCAAGCCUAUCCUCACACAUGAGAACACACACCGGUGAGAAACCCUACAAAUGUGACCAGUGUGACUUUUCUGCUGCACAAUCAACAAGUCUGAAAACACAUGUCAGAGUAAAACACAAGGGUGAGAAACCCUUUGAGUGCAAUGAAUGUGGAUACUGGACGGAUAACAGAACAACCUUUUUGAAUCAUAUGAGAAAACACACCGGCGAGAGACCCUAUAAAUGCAACCAGUGCGACUAUUCCGCUUCAGAGAAAGGUCAACUUAAAAGACAUGUCAUGACCAAACACAGGGGUGAGAUGCCUUUUGUUUGUGAUGAGUGUGGGUACAGGACAGCCGUAAGCGCUGCCUUGACCCGACAUAAGCUAAAGCACACCGGUGAGAAACCCUACAUGUGUGGAGAGUGUGGAUACAGAACAGCCUAUCGCCACGCCUUAAUACGACAUGGGAAAAAGCAUGCCAGCAAAAACCUUGAAAUGUGAUUGGUGGGACUAUUCUGCAGUGCAAAAACAUGACUUACAACAACAUAUGGUCAGACACACUGAUUAUGCUUCUCUCUGAUGACUAACUCCAUAGCCAAUACAGAUUACGUAGCAAAAUGGCUACUUCAGUGUGACAAAGGCUAAAAUGUUUGUUAGGAAAUGCAGUGAUGGAAUAGUUUUAGCAACAAGGUGUUUAAAGUCCUGUAAGAAAAUAGCAGUAAGCAAUAAUGUUUUACAAGUAACUGCAAUGAUCACUAUACAUGUAAGAUUCAUACCCAAUUUAGUUGCUCGAAAAUGUAUGUGAUAUGAUGUGUGACAUCUUAGACUAGUACACUGAUUUCUACAAAAGAACAUGUUCAUGAUGAAACUACAUGUAUAUACUAAUGCAGUAUUUUGUCUUUUUAAUGUCAUCCUACAUAAUAUUUCAUGGACAAUGUACUGAGCAGAAAUAGUUUUUGAUGAUGAUGACGAUGAUAGGAAAGUUUCAGAAAGCAUUUACUGUUUUUCUUCAGCUCUGAACGAUAGUCACGUUACUUAAGAGUCAAAUGUCACAUAACUGCCCUUAUAUCCAUGGUGUAAUUAGCAUGUGAGGAGGUUGACUGGUGAUUAUAAGAUUGCCUUGUAUUUUUUCUCCAUGUUUAUACUAUUGGUUGUAAAUAAACUAUACAAAGUGUUA